GCAUUUAGGAUGGAAAAGUUAGCAGCUCACCAGGCUUCUCAUAAUCCUUCGGGUCGUUGUUUCUUGCACAGUUACAGUUAAAGCUAUUUUAGUCUCGCCUUCUGCUCCUACUUGUAAAUUUGUUGCGGCUUUCAUUUUCUGCUAUAAUCUCAGUUCAGACAGAGCAGAGCUAACUCGGAGGUAGUGAAAUUUCAGGAAAGAGAUGGCUGAAAGGAGAAAAGUUCGCCCAGAUUGUAUUUAUGCUUCCAAUCCCUUCCAUGAAUGCACUGAAUAUUGCAUAAAGAAAACAGCUGAAAGCAAGGCAGAAAAGGAUAAAAAGUCUAAAGGUAAAGGAUCUUGGCUUGAUAUUUCCAAAUCUUUCGGAAGGAAGAAGUCCCGACCAAAGCCUCCGAAUGAAGUUGACGGUGGACGCUACUCAAGCUCGGUUUCUACCGAAGCUCGCUCACUCAACUCAUGUAUCACUCCUAAGAUAAAUGUAGAAUCAAGAAAUGGCGGUCAUAUCUCCCCUACCAAAAGAUUUUAUUCCGAAGAUCGUAGUCUUAGCGCCGAGCAGGCGCCUCGAAUUCCUUCAUACGAAAGUCUCAUAAUGCAUGACUAUCCAGAGGAUGCUCCAAAGCAGAGAUGGAUUCGGAUGACAAAUAACAGGAACGGAGACGAGGACGAGGACGGAGAACAUGAAAUAUUAUGUAAGAAGGUACUUACACCAAAUGGUAAGAAUGCCAAAGAAGCUUCUCAAAAGCCAUCUAGUGAAUCUAGCUUUAGCUUGUCUGGCUUCGAGCAAACACUAGUAGACGACAGCGACGACGAGGAAGAGAUCAAAUCUGUAAACUCUGAGAUGUGUGUUCCAGUGGGAAAAUACAACGUAAAAGCCAGCUUCUCCUCCAUUUUGACAUCGAUCUUCGAAAACUACGGCGAUAUCGCAACUACCUGUAAAUUGGAGUCGGUUUCCAUGCGCUCGUACUAUCUACAAUGCGUGUGCUAUGUGAUUCAAGAAUUACAAUCCACAGAGUUUCAUCAACUCACCAAAUCCAAAGUAAAAGAACUCUUAGCCAUUGUCAAGGACGUCGAGUCGUCACAAAUCAACAUAGGAUGGUUAAAGAGUAGCCUCGAUGAGAUCUCCCAAGCUGUCGAGCUGAGAAGUCAGCAUCGGGCAACCGAAGCCGCAAAGGCAGACUGCGAGCAGAAUUUGGAAUCAACAAAGAAAGAACUAGAAUUCCAAAUGAAAGAUUUGGCAUUGAAAGAGCAAGAGGCUUCUGAUGCAAAAACAAAAGUAGCAAAAACACGAGCUCGAGUAACCGAACUGGAGCUCGAAUCAUCUCAGCUGGAAGAACUAAUUGCAUCGAUGAACUCCAAGGUACAAACUUUAAGAUCCAAAUCAUUCGCUGAUGGUCUGUUAUGAUUAGUAGUAGAUUAUAACAUCACUUUAGAUAAUUUAGAACUGUAAGCGUAAUUAAAUGGGUAAACAAACUGUCAUGAGCUGUAUCAUCUUAUUAGUUUAUUGCAUAAUGAAGCAUAUCAUGUAGCUUGAGAUAU